ACGACCAAUCUAAAUCCAGCGGCAUUUAACGCGGCAUAAGUUGGUGAAUUUCGGCUAAAUAAAUACGGAGUAAAAAAAAAAAUCCACAGUUCCUUCCUAUACACAUACAGGGAGGUGGAGAACUAGAGAAAUACAGUGUUUGUUUAUUACGGAAAUUCCGGAACUCAAAGUGCGUGAUCACAUUCUCUCUUUCCGCGAUUGCUUUCUCUACAAAUACUUCGCUAUAUACCCAAAACUCGAUCUCGUCAUUAAACUUCUCGAUUCGAUUCUACAGAGAUAGAGCUGUAAUUCAGGAGCUAGUUUCCAACUGAAAUGUUUUGAAUUUCGAUCCGAAUUUGUGUGUAUAAACUGUACAUAGUGAACUGGGGAUCUGAAAGUGCAGGUGAAAUCUGAUGAGAGUCGCUCGGAUGGAGACAAAAAUAGAUCAAUUUCUGAGAGGUAAUGAAGGUUUACACAUCGGCGACGAGGAUUAAGAAAGUUAUCUCGAUUUCGAGUUCCGAUUGGAGACGGAGAAGUUGUCGCCGACGGGAUGAAGGGGAAAGGAUCGCCGCUUAUCAGUCGGCGGAUACAUAACAAAACGGUGACAUUUUCGGCAGUUUUAACGCUUGGUUUACUAUUCUUCCUGUUCUUACUCAGAAUCGCUUUACUCGUUCAUGAAUCCACUGUUAUUUGCACAUCUCUUGGAUGUCUUGGAUGGAGAUUGUCCAGCGGGGGUGAUUCGGCUCUGCUCAGAGAGGAGCUGACUAGAGCACUACUGGAGGUCACAAGCAUUGAUGGUUAUGUGAAAGGAAUUAGAGGGGAGGAUGGCUCAACUUCAGUGACAGCCUCAUUCAAUGACCUUGUUAAAGAGAUGUCACCAAAUAGACAAGAAAACAUCAAGACUUUUGCUAUCAAGGCCAAAGCUACGAUAUUGAAGAUGGAGCAGAUUGCUCAAUCAAUUAAGAAACAUGAGUCUUUUUAUUGGCACAUGGCUUCUCAUGGUGUACCCAAGUGGAUGCAAUGCCUUUCUCUAAAGCUGGCUGCACAAUAUUCCAUGAAUGCUACGGCACGAUCUCGGUUACCGUCACCUGAAUAUUUUCCCCGCCUUAUUGACGCUUCUUUGCAACACCUGGUUCUAUUCACAGACAAUGUUUUGGCUGCCUCUGUUGUGAUCUCAUCUGUCAUCAAAAGCGCAAUGUCCCCAGAGAGGAUGGUCUUUCAUGUAGUGACUGAUAAGAAAACCUACACGGCCAUGCAUGCAUGGUUUGCAAUUAAUCCAAUCGGCUCAGCUGUUGUGGAAGUCAAAGGCUUGCACCAAUAUGAUUUUCCUCACCGUGUCAGUAUUGGGAUUAAGCAGAUGUUAGAGAUCCAUCGCCUGGUUUGGGGUCAAAAGUUUGAUGGAAUAAAAAAAACAGUUGACCCAUUUUCUGUUCUGAAUCACCUUCACAUAUAUAUCCCUCAGCUUUUUCCAGAUCUGAACAAGAUUGUGUUUUUGGAUGAUGACAUUGUUGUGCAACAUGACCUAUCUCCUCUAUGGGACGUAGAUCUCAAUGGAAAAGUUGUUGGUGCUGUAUUUGACUCGUCCUGUGGAUAUGGGUGUUGCCCCGGAAGAAAAUAUAAGGACUAUUUAAAUUUCACUCACCCAAUCAUAUCAUCAUCCAAAUUAGACGAGAAUAGUUGUGUGUGGCUUUAUGGAAUGAACAUCUUUGACCUCCAAGCAUGGAGGAAGGCUAACAUUAUUGCAACUUAUCAUCAAUGGCUUCAUUAUAACCUCAACUCUGGUUUUGAAUUAUGGCGUCCGGGAGCACUUGCACCCGCUUUAAUAGCGUUUGAAGGUAAUGUUCAACCAAUAGAUCCUUCAUGGCAUGUUGCUGGAUUGGGUAAUCGGGUCCAGCAAGUUGAUGAAUCAGAAUUGGAAGCUGCAAAUGUAAUACAUUUCAGUGGACCAGCAAAGCCAUGGCUUGAGAUUGCAGCCCCGGAGUUACGAAGCCUGUGGAGCCAAUAUGUAAAUUUCUCAAAUGAGUUUGUCAAGGAAUGUGGGAUUGUGGGGUGAAGACGAAAGUGAUUUAAGUGUCUCUCCUCACUCUGGUCUGAGGCAGGGGGAAGAAGGUAUUGCCAUCAGUCUCUGCUCAUGCUAUUCAGAUUGCUGUGUUGAUAAUAAUACAAAUAGACAAUACUGAUACAUUCUGUAUAGGGAUCUCACCUUCACAACAUAGUGUGUGGAGAUGCAUAUAUGUAUUACUUCGUAAUUAACUAAUUAUUAGCUGUAGCUACAUCUCAUUAUGAAGUAUUCCAUAAAUAGCAUUCCAUCCAUGUAUUAUAGUUUUGGUCCCUCUUCGACCAAAGAAAUAUAUUUUGUUCUAAAUAAAGCCUGCAUAUUGGUGGAAGGUAUUCCUGUCCU